CGUCACUAUAGUGUUAGUCAUUCUUUAGAUGUUUAUACAAGAAGAAAUGAACAUAAAUUCCUAAAAUAUAGGUUUUGGAUAAGAUUCGUUUAGUUGUCAAAAGUGAGAAAGAAUAAUGCAAAAUGUGUCGCACCGUUCAGUCGCUAAUACAAACCGUCAUCUGCGCGCUACAAAUGAUAACACGGAUCUUCAUGACUGUGCUCCUUAUGAUUGAGAACAUGAUCAGAAUGUUGCUGCAAUCAAUAUACAACUUUAUAUCGACAAUACUUCAAAUCAUAUCCCUAAUACCGAUCUGCUGCAUAUUUAUGCUGACGGCUAAGAUGCGCUGCCUGUUGUGCGGCGGCGGCGGCGGUGGCUGCGGCGGUGGAGGCGGCGGCGGCUUUGUGGGCUGCUUCCUCUCCGCGCUCUUCUUCAUCUUCUUGUUCAAAGCCCUACGGUCUUAUGGCCUCGCUGAUAAGUUCAUGGCACGAUUGGGCUACUCCCGGGUGUGGAAAUACGAGGGAAAGACGUUCACCCAGCCGCCGAAGCAAACAAUGCCCAAAGGUAAAGGUGGCAAAGGUGGUAAAGGAGGCAGAAUCGGCGACGAACAGGGCGAUGAUGAUAACAUAAGUUAUAUCCUCGAUGAUUUUGAAAACAGCACAACUACCAUGACAACUUUACAAAUGUCUGCGGAGAUCGAACCCGUCACUGAGUAUACUACAGUCGGUAACUUAUCCACUUUACUGUAUUAUUUAUUCUAAACAGUGUGUUAUUUUAGAAAAUAUAGUUCUCAUUUAAUUGUCUUAAUAAAUCACAAAUGUAAUA